AUGCCCCAAGCCACGGUGAAGCUGAUCGUAACCGGGGAUGAUUUCGGCUAUUCGCGGAGGAAUCAUGGCAUCGUGGAGUGCUUCCUGGCCGGGGCCAUCUCCAACGUUUCGCUUCUGGUUAACGGGGAGUGCGUGUCCGAUGCCGUCCAGCUGGCCAAGAAACACUGCAUUCCAAUAGGGCUCCAUGCCAACCUUUCUGAGGGGACCCCGGUUUGCCCAGCACUGAAGAAAAAGUCUACACUCCUCAACCCAGAAGGGUUCUUCCAUGGAAAGAUGGGAAUUCGGAUGUCUUUAAACGAAAGGCUUCUUAACAUGGCUGAGGUGAAGCAGGAAUUGAUAGCACAGGUGGAGUUGUUCCGUGAACUGACGGGCCAGUUACCUCAUCACAUGGAUGGACACCAACACGUCCAUGUUCUCCCAGAGAUCAGGCACGUAUUUGCAGAGGUGUUGGAAGACUAUGGGAUCACGUACACGCGAGUUCCCAUUGAACCGGAUCUCCCACGCUGUGGUUGGAUUGAGUCAACAUUGAUGGAUUUCUACUUGGUGGAGAAGGAUUCGCUGGACACCAUAAAGGUCUUUCAAAAGCAUGGCAUAAGGUGGGGGCAUCUAUAUAUCGGCCUUAGCACCAUGGGGAAAAAUAUGUCCACUCAAAGCAUCUUAGAUGCUAUCGAUAACGCCACCACAGCUCAUUUGGCCAAAGAGGACUCAACAUCUUCUCCUCUGUCGUCUUCAUUCUUACGCCCCGGUCAAGGACUACGGACGGUGACUCUCGAACUCAUGACCCACCCAGGCUACCCCAGCAUCCCACCUACUGGAGGUUGCGGAGAAGGCCCCGAUGACUUUUCCCAGUCGUGGGAACGCCUGCACGAGCUGGAGACUUUGAAGGAUCCGGAGCUCCAGAAACAUUACAAGAUCAGGAAUAUUCGGCUGUGCGCUUUCAAAGAUCUCGCCGCCUGACUCUCCGCCAAGGACGUUCCCCGGGUUUUAACAUUUGGUUUACAGGUGAAGAUGGCUGGAUCAGGGGUGGUUUCCAGGUGGGAGCUGAAGACAUCUGGGGAAUUUUUAUUUUGUUUUUGGCACUCUCUGCAGGUGGAUAUG